AUGACCACGCCGGCGACGGGACCGCCACCACCGCGCACGGUCCGCAAGCUACUAGUGGAAGUCAUCGAAGCGCGCGACCUCCUCCCCAAAGACGGCCAGGGGAGCUCCAGCCCCUACGUCAUCGCCGACUUCGACGGCCAGCGGAAGCGCACCUCCACCAAGUACCGCGACCUCAACCCCGUAUGGAACGAGCCGCUCGAGUUCCUUGUCUCCGAUCCAAACAACAUGGACCACGAGGAGCUCGACAUCGAGGUCCUCAACGACAAGCGCUUCGGCAACGGCAGCGGCCGCAAGAACCACUUCCUCGGCCGGGUGAAGCUCUACGGCUCCCAGUUCGCGAGGCGCGGAGACGAGGGGCUCGUCUACUUCGCCCUCGAGAAGAAGAGCGUCUUCAGCUGGAUCCGCGGCGAGAUCGGGCUGAGGAUCUGUUACUACGACGAGAUGGUCGCCGAUGGCGACGAUCAGCCCCCUCCACCGCAAGAACAGCAGCAACCGCCGGAGAAUCACGACGGUCAGCCGCCUCCAGAUCAGCCUCCGCCGCCUGUUGUGGUGGUGGAAGAAGGCAGAGUUUUCCAAGUCCCUGGUUCAGGCGACAUCGGGCACAGCCAGAGGCAUAACAAUUACUACGGCCCCGACGGAGGAUCUUACUCGCCGCCGGUCGUCGUUGUGGAAGAAUCGCCGCCUCCGAUUGUUCACGUCCACUCCGGCGAGCCGCCGCCGGGUCCGCAUCCUGAACCUCCGCCAGAGAUGCAGUAUCCCCUGCCUCCCGAAGCCAGAGGGAUGCACGGCGCAAGAAUGGUGAGCGGUGGCGGCGAGCGAGUUAGGGUUUUGAAAAAGCCAAACGGCGAUUACUCUCCCAGGGUGAUUUCUUCUCGAGUUCCCAGCGACACGGAGAGGAUUCAUCCUCUAGAUCUGGUUGAGCCGAUGCAGUAUCUGUUCAUCAGAAUCGUGAAGGCGCGUGGAUUGUCGCCGAAUGAGAGCCCCUAUGUGAAAAUCAGGACAUCCAAUCACUACGUCAGAUCUAAGCCGACGAAUUACCGCCCCAGCGAGCCGCCCGACUCGCCCGAGUGGAACCAGGUCUUUGCUCUCCCCCACAACAGGCCCGACUCGGCGAGCACGACUCUGGAAAUAUCUGUUUGGGACGCUCCGACGGAGCAAUUUCUCGGCGGAGUUUGUUUCGACCUUUCCGAUGUCCCCGUCCGCGAUCCGCCGGACAGUCCGCUCGCUCCUCAAUGGUACCGUCUCGAAGGCGGUGAGCAAAAUUCAGGCCGAGUCUCCGGCGACGUGCAGCUCUCCGUCUGGAUCGGGACUCAAGCGGACGACGCGUUCCCGGAGGCGUGGAGCUCCGACGCGCCGUACGUCGCUCACACCCGCUCGAAGGUUUACCAAUCUCCCAAGCUCUGGUACUUGCGAGUCACAAUAAUCGAAGCUCAAGAUCUGAACAUUGCCCCCAAUCUCCCUCCCUUAACAGCGCCGGAGAUCCGAAUCAAAGGCCAAUUAGGUUUCCAAUCCGUCAGAUCCCGGCGCGGCUCGAUGAACAAUCACAGCGCGUCGUUUCACUGGAGUGAAGACAUCAUUUUCGUCGCCGGCGAGCCGCUGGAGGACUCGCUGGUCUUGCUGGUGGAGGAUCGGACGACUAAGGAAGUAACGCUGCUCGGACACGUCAUCGUUCCGGUGAGCUCGAUCGAGCAGCGGUUGGAUGAGCGCCAGGUGGCAUCAAAAUGGUUCACAUUAGAAGGCGGAGCAAGCAGCUUGGGCCCCGAACCAGGCCCGCCGGGGCCUGGCCCAGAUGGCGGUGGGUCCAUGUACUGUGGGAGGCUCCACCUCCGUCUUUGCUUGGAAGGAGGAUAUCAUGUGCUGGACGAAGCGGCGCACGUGUGCAGCGACUUCCGCCCCACGGCGAAGCAGCUGUGGAAGCCGGCCGUCGGAAUCCUGGAGCUGGGGAUUUUAGGCGCUCGCGGGUUGCUCCCGAUGAAGAACAAAGGUGGAGGGAAAGGCUCCACCGAUGCCUACUGUGUCGCCAAGUAUGGGAAAAAGUGGGUCCGCACCAGAACCGUCACGGACAGCUUUGAUCCACGCUGGAACGAGCAGUACACGUGGCAGGUCUACGACCCGUGCACGGUGUUGACCAUCGGCGUGUUCGACAACUGGCGGAUGUUCGCCGACCCGACGGAGGAGAGACCCGACUGCCGAAUCGGUAAGGUCCGAAUCCGCGUCUCGACCCUGGAGAGCAAUAAGGUUUACACCAAUUCGUAUCCUCUGUUGGUCUUGUUCAGAGGCGGGUUGAAGAAGAUGGGCGAGAUUGAGAUCGCGGUCCGGUUUGCCUGCCCGAAUUUGCUGCCCGAGACCUGUGUGGUCUACGGGCAGCCGAUGCUUCCUCGGAUGCACUAUCUCCGACCGCUGGGAGUGGCUCAGCAGGAGGCCCUGCGUGGCGCGGCCACCAAAAUGGUCGCCCAGUGGCUCGCCCGGUCGGAGCCUGCGCUCGGGCCGGAAGUGGUCAGGUACAUGUUGGAUGCCGAUUCGCAUACGUGGAGCAUGAGGAAGAGCAAGUCGAAUUGGUUUCGGAUCGUGGCGGUUCUGGCCUGGUUGGUCGGUUUGGCGAAAUGGUUGGAUGAUAUUCGGCGGUGGAGAAACCCGGUGACCACGGUUCUGGUCCACGUGCUGUACUUGGUUCUGGUUUGGUUCCCGGACCUGAUCGUUCCGACCGGGUUUCUCUACAUUUGCCUGAUCGGAAUCUGGUACUACCGGUUCCGGCCCAAGAUCCCAGCGGGGAUGGACAUAAGGCUGUCCCAGGCGGAGACGGUCGAUCCGGACGAGCUGGACGAGGAAUUCGACACGAUCCCGAGCUCGAAACCGCCGGAGGUGAUACGUGCGAGGUACGACCGGCUGAGGAUGCUGGCGGCGAGGGUGCAGACGGUGCUGGGGGAUUUUGCGACGCAAGGGGAGAGGGCGCAGGCGCUGGUGAGCUGGAGGGACCCGCGGGCGACGAAGCUGUUCAUAGGGGUGUGUUUCGGGAUUACGAUAGUGCUGUACCUGGUCCCGCCGAAGAUGGUGGCGGUGGCGCUGGGGUUCUAUUAUUUGAGGCACCCCAUGUUCCGGGACCCGAUGCCGCCGGCGAGCCUGAACUUCUUCCGGCGGCUGCCCAGCUUGUCCGAUCGGAUUAUCAAGUUGGCGAUAGCUCGAUGGAAGAUCCAGAUUAAGAGUAUCCAGAACUCGACGAACUGGCAGGUGACUUACUCUAAGCGCCGCAAAGGGCUCUUCAAGAAGGCCAACGAGCUCACCGUCCUCUGCAACGCCAAAGUCUCCAGCACCGGUAAGCUCCACGAGUUCAUCAACCCCGCCGCCACGUCAGUCUACAUCACCUCUACUUUCAUUCAAUCUCUCCCUUCCUCUCUCCGAAACCCUAGAUUCCCGAUUCCAGAUGAGAGCGAGCUGAAUCCGAGUUGA